CAUUCACACACUGUAGACGCCGCUGCCGUGCACACCUCGUCAAUUCAUACCGUCUGCCCACGCCAGGAUGCAAAGCAGAGAAAUGUUUCCGCCCGGGUGUCAUUUACUGCACUUGUGACUAUUGGAUGCUUCUAAAUCGACAUCUCUGCGUGUUUUUCGUCUUUUAAUAUUUUUUGCCAUCAAGGCGCUGAAGGUUGAGUUUUUUUUUUUUUUUUUUUUACCAUUUCCUCCUUGUGACCGCACAGUAUGCGAGCAAAAGAGCAGCAAACUGCCGGAGACACAGACUGAGAUCUACAUCUUACAACAGCACACUUACUGGACUACGUCUCGGACUAUAGAGUGCCUUUGGUCCCUUGAACGCAUCAUUUGCCAUCGCGAUGACCACCAGGAAGGCAUCGUUGACGCUUAAGCAGUCUAAAAAUGGGACGUCCAAAUAUGUGUUGGAGCGGUGCGCUUCUAUUAACGAGUAUUAUGAUAUUGCCUUCAAGGUGAUGCUGCUGGGAGAUUCAUCGGUCGGAAAGACGUGCAUCUUGCUGCGAUUUAAAGACGGUGCAUUUGUGGGAGGCAACUUUAUUGCCACCGUUGGAAUUGACUUUAGGAAUAAAGUGGUAGAUGUCGACAACCUGAAAGUCAAACUCCAGAUCUGGGAUACAGCUGGCCAGGAAAGAUUCCGAAGCGUCACACACGCCUACUAUAGAGAUGCCCAAGCAUUACUCCUGCUUUAUGAUAUCACCAGUAAGUCGUCAUUUGACAACAUCAGGGCCUGGCUAAAUGAAAUACAUGAGUAUGCCCAGAAGGAUGUGGUCAUCAUGUUGCUCGGCAACAAGGCAGACAUGGCUGCUGAGAGGGUGGUGAAGACAGAAGAUGGGGAGAAGCUAGCUAAGGAGUACGGCGUGCCAUUUAUGGAGACCAGCGCAAAGACCGGCGUCAAUGUGGAGUUGGCCUUUCUAGCAAUCGCAAAGGAGCUGAAGCACAGAACAACCCAACAGCCAAACGAGCCCAAGUUCCAGAUCCACGACUACAUUGAAUCUCAGAAGCACAAGACCGGUUGCUGCAGCCUCGUGUAGCUAAACUUGACAGUGGGCCGGGAGACAGACACACACGCAGACACACAUACACAAGAGGAUCAAGAAAGAGGGAGAGAGGGGGGAUAAGUAAAGCCAAUCCCGGCACUAAUCCUUUGAAGUGAGCGUCCUCUUCUCCACUAAACUGAAUGACAGUGAAACUGAUUGCCAUCCCUUAUCGAAAAUGUGAAUAUCACUUUCCGUAGAAAUGUGUUGUGGUCUUUGUGGUGACAGUUGUGAUCAAACGAAAAAGCCAGGAUUUACAAAACGAAAAGCUAUAUCAGUCUGCAGGGACAAUAGAGUAGAUUUGCUUGGUAAAGUUUUAUAUGAACAAUCAAUAUGACCCUUAAUAGGGAAUAAAAUAAUUUUGUUUUCAUGUCACUUUUCAGAGGUUGUGAACUGAAUCCCUUUUUUGGCCUCAGUCUUCAUCUUCUCUAAGUGUGCAUUCACAACAUUGCAGUCAGACUGUAGCUACAUCUUCACGUGUGUAGUUUUGUUAGAAUAAAAUCACUUUUGGCGGGCGAUCGCCUAUCGUGUGCGUGUCUGUACAUCCACUAAAGGUCCACGCCAGAACUUCAUCGCAGGAAUUUGCUUCAGGAUUUUUACACUGUUGCAAUUGAGAUUAUUCCCUGUUUAAAAGUCCCUAAAACAUGUAUAUUCAGCUUUACAAAAAAGAAAAAAAAACUUAUCUGUGUCUCUUUUAACAAUGGAUGUUGUGGAGACUGUACAGAAGCUGUAUUUGUUUCAUGCACUGGUAAUGUCCUGAUUUGUACAAUGUUCAUUUUCAUUGUUUGCUUGUCACAUUUGUCUCUUCUCUGAGGUGUAACGGUGAUCACAAAGUGCCAUGAAAAAGUGCUUUGUUAUCAUAUUAUAUAUAAAGUAUAUUUUGUAAUGUAUGUGGCGUUGUU